AUGAAAACAUUUAGUAUUACAGCUCGAGCUCGGCAUAUAAACUAUAUCAAAGAAAAAUUAAAUUCGAAAAAACCAUUAGUAUCUCAUCCUAUUCCUGUUACUGUUGAUGAAGAACAAAUGCAAUCAGAAGAAAGUUCAAUGAAAAAGGAAGAAUUGAUUGUUGUUAUCGAGUCACUUAUUGGAUCUUUGAAUGAGACUAAUCGGCCACAAUUCAGAGGGUUAAAAGUGAAAAAAAAAGAAGAUUUAUUAAUUAUUCUACAACAA